AUGAUUCAUAAUUCAUCAUCGAAUUUAUAAGUAUAAUCAAAAAAGGCUUGUCCAAUAAUUUAAUAAACCUAGGAAAUAUUAUAAAUAGAUGAUAAAAGAAUGAGAAUAAUAAUAGUUAUCAAAGAUGAAAAGUAGACAAUCAAAAAGAAAUUAAGGAUCUCUAGUUAAAGUAAUUAAUUCUAGAAACUAAACAAGUUAAGGAAUACUAAAAUGGCAUUUAGAUAAGAGAACACGUAGGCUUUAGAGGAUUACACUAAGGAAGUGAUUGGCAAUUUAGAGGAAUAGAAAGAGAAGAUAUAACAAUUAUAUUGAUCUAAGAAUAGAGAGGAUUUAUUAAAGGAAUCUAGGCAAAUUUAGGUACUGAUUGGGCAGACUUUUAGAGAAAGACAAUAUGUUUUCUAGGCAUUCAGAUAAUUGAUGAAGGGGGACUUUUUGGAAGUGAAGGAAGAUGAGGGACUUAGAUAUAUAACAUUUAGAUGAGGAGUAACAAGAAAGUAGUGAGGAGGAGGAGCAAGGGUUUUUGGAGGAGUUGGAAGAAUAUAUUGAGAUUUGA